AUGUCAAUCCCAACCGAUGUGGUAACUCCUCCACCACAAUCGUCUUCACCAUCAAAGAACCCUUUCCAUCUGGCUCUCGUCGUAACCAACAUCAAGAACCACAUCCCUAUUGUUCUUGAGAUGGAAAACGUUCAAUUUGGUACGUGGGUUGAACUUUUCAAAAUCCAUGCUCGAUCUCAUAAGGUUCUUUAUCACAUCAUUCCUCCAGCACCAGGCAGGGAAAAGAAGACACCUGAAACCGAUGAUGAGCAGGAGUUGUGGGCGACUCUUGAUGCAACAGUUCUACAGUGGAUUUAUUCCACUAUCUCCGGCGAUCUUUUGGCUACCAUCAUUGAACCAGACUCCACUGCCAUGGAGGCUUGGAAUCGAUUAACCAACAUCUUCCAGGACAAUCAAAACGCUCGUGCAAUCACUCUCGAGCAGGAGUUCUCAUCCGUUCGCAUGGAAGAUUUUCCCACCGCUUCCGCUUACUGUCAGCGUCUCAAAACACUUUAUGACCAAUUGAAGAACGUUGGAGCCCCUGUCUCUAAUCAGCGACUCGUUCUCCAACUUGUUUCCGGUCUCACUGAUGCAUACAAAGGGGUCGGUACACUAAUUCGGCAAAGCAACCCUCUUCCACAAUUUUAUCAGGCCCGCUCUAUGCUUACUCUUGAAGAAGUCGGUCUAAUUAAGAUGGCGGCUACCGGCGCACAGGCUGCCAUGGUUGCGACACAACUAAAGGAUGUUACUGAACCCUCCUCCUAUAAUGAUAACCACGACAGCAAGAAGAAUAACAGCCGAAAUUCUGCUCAUAAAAACCGAAACAGUUAUGGUAGAAACAACAGACGUGGUCAACGUGGCGGCAGACGUGGUGGUGGUCAACCGUCCCUACAAGCCAACACCUCACAGUGGCAGUCUCCUCCCCCUCCCUGGCAGUAG